AAUUAAUUAGGACUUUGUCUCACUCUUCCAAAAUAAUUGCAUAACAACAAAGAAGAAAUGGGUAUCUGUAUAUCCAUUGCAUCUUCUGAGAUUCAUGGGGCCCCUAAAGAAGUUUAUGAUGAGUGUGUGAUAACAUUUGAAGCAAACAAGGUUGUAAGUGGUAAUCAAGAAUUUUGUUCUGCUUACUCUAAACAAGGGACCAAAGGACUCAACCAAGAUGCUGCUUCUAUUUACCAGGGUUAUGGAAUGGAAGAUGGAAUAUUUUGUGGUGUUUUUGACGGGCAUGGAAGGACUGGACGCAUGGUGAGCAACAUGGUUAACAGAAACUUAUCUUCACUCAUACUUGCCCAAAAGAAUGCCUUUGAAAGGAUUAAUAACAUAGAAAAUGGUGAUUCCAACACCCUAAACGACCAUGUUGACACAGUCAAAGGUGACAAUCAUAAGGAUCCAAAGAAUUUUCAGAUAUGGAAAGAAGCAGUUACAAGUGCUUUCAAGCUCAUGGACAAGGAGAUCAAGUUGCAAGAGAAUCUAGAUUGUUCUUGCAGUGGAACAACUGCUAUUGUUGUCAUAAAACAGGGUGAAGGUCUUAUCAUAGCUAAUUUGGGUGACUCAAGGGCAGUGUUGGGGACAAUCUGUGAUGAAGAACUCAUGGCCAUUCAAUUGACCACAGAUUUGAAGCCUGGAUUACCUAGUGAAGCAGAAAGAAUAAGGAGGUGCAAUGGUUGUGUAUAUGCAUUAAAGGAAGAACCACAUAUCCAAAGAGUGUGGAUACCAAACUAUGAGAACUCACCGGGACUUGCCAUGUCUCGUUCUUUUGGAGAUUUCUUGCUCAAAGAACAUGGUGUCAUUGCCAUCCCUGAUGUUUCAUAUUACCCUCUAACAUCAUCUGACCAAUUCCUUGUUCUUGCAAGUGAUGGUGUAAGUGUUACUAAAUGCCAUCUGAUUGGAUACAAAAUAUGUUCACCAAAUAACUUUUUUUCUUUCAAAGAAAGAAUAGCAAGGUGUGGGAUGUACUAAGCAACAUAGAGGUUGCAGCAAUAGUGUGGACCACAAAGAGUGAAGAGGAAGCAGCAAAGAAAGUGGUGGAAGCAGCCAAUGCUGCAUGGAGAAGGAAGUACCCUUUUUCCAAGAUUGAUGACUGCACUGUGGUUUGCCUCUUCCUAAAAAACGAAAACAAAAGAAACUCAGGAAUGUGGAAAGUGUAAAGUUUCAUUAAUCAGUGCACCUCUACCUACUCAUUUUCUAGAUAAUAUCAUCAUCCUCUGUAAAAUCAUAGCAGUGAUGUUUGUUGAAAAUGUCAAAAGCAAACAACAAAUGUGGGGGCAAGAAAUUUUUAAAUUACUAGGCUAGAUAAAUCCUUAUAGCCAUCUUCAUUUUUCCUUUUUCUUUCAAUAUAUUCAUGUGAGGAAAAAUGUUUUGUAACAUCCAAAGUCCAAACCAUUGUACUCUCUCAAGUCUCAAUAUUCAGUUCACCACUAUAUAAUUUUGGUGUGCCUUCAACUAUA